GCAGAGAUAGUGCCUGGCUCAUCUGCCCAGGGAGACCUAUGGGGCCCCUAGAGCUGGGCAGUGAUGCCCAAGUCUGUGGGACUUGUGUUCACGUCAUCCUUGCUGCCAUUUGGAGCAACAACUCAGUGGUCAAGUACUUGCCCGGAGAGUAUGAGGUCCUGGGUUCCAUCCCCAGGACAGGGGAGGCAGGGGCUAGGUGGCAGGGACCCCCUCGAGGCGUUGGGUCCCAAGCAGAGAUGAGGCCUGUCAGAGCAGAGGUGUUUUCCAUAUGGUUUCCCUCCAGGGUGUGUCGGCUUGCUCUGGCAAGAGGGUGUGUGUUCCAGACCUGUAGGGUGGACAGGACCCAUAUAGGACAAAUAACAGGACAGGGGCUCCCAGGCAUGGAGCCUUGGGUAGGAGGUAUCCUGGGAAACUGGCUCAUCCACACAUGCCCACCAGUCUGCGCCCAGAGGGUAAAUAAUUGAGGGGCAGGUCACAGGAGCCUGCCUGCGUCACAGGAUGCCUUCCCCACAGGGUCUGGUUACGCCCCAGAUCACAUUGUCAUUCCCCCCUGGCUGGUGAAUAAUUAAGCAGCCACCUCCUCCCAGACUGCACUCCAUCUGCAGGGGCCUACGCUCCAGCCUCCUCGCUGCCUGCCGCCUGUCCAGAGCACCGGGCCUGAGUACUCCCAGCCAGGUUAUAGCCACCUGUCUCCUCAGUGCCAGCACCACUUCCAUGGCCCCCGAAAUGGACCAGUUCUAUAGGUCCACCAUGGCCAUCUACAAGAGCAUCAUGGAGCAGUUUAAUCCCGCCCUGGAGAAUCUGGUGUACCUGGGUAACAACUACCUCCGGGCCUUUCAUGCUCUGUCUGAGGCAGCUGAGGUGUAUUUCAGCGCCAUCCAGAAGAUUGGGGAGCAGGCCCUCCAGAGCUCCACAUCACAGAUUCUGGGGGAGAUCUUGGUUCAGAUGUCAGACACUCAGCGGCACUUGAACUCAGACCUGGAAGUGGUGGUACAGACAUUCCAUGGAGACCUGCUUCAGCACAUGGAGAAGAACACCAAGCUGGACAUGCAGUUCAUCAAAGAUAGCUGUCAGCACUACGAGAUUGAGUAUCGCCACCGAGCGGCCAACCUGGAGAAGUGCAUGUCUGAGCUAUGGCGCAUGGAACGCAAGAGAGACAAGAACGCACGGGAGAUGAAGGAGAGUGUGAACCGGCUGCACGCACAGAUGCAGGCCUUCGUGUCCGAAAGCAAGCGCGCAGCGGAACUGGAAGAGAAGCGGCGCUACCGCUUCCUGGCUGAGAAGCACCUGCUGCUGUCCAACACCUUCCUGCAGUUCUUGGGCCGGGCCCGAGGGAUGCUGCAGAACCGCGUGCUGCUAUGGAAGGAGCAGUCAGAGGCCAGCCGCAGUCCGUCGCGUGCCCACUCCCCGGGGUUGCUGGGCCCCGCGCUGGGGCCGCCCUACCCCUCGGGCCGCCUGACGCCCACCCGGCUGGACAUGCCCCCGAGACCCCUGGGAGAGUACGGCUCCCCCCGCAGCCGGCACGGCUCCGGCUCCUACGGCCCCGAGCCCUCCGAGGCGAGGUCCGCGUCCCAAUUGGAGCCAGACCGCCGAUCGCUGCCCCGGACGCCGUCGGCCUCCUCGCUCUAUGCUAGCAAUACCCAGCGCUCCCGGUCUAAUUCCUUCGGCGAGCGCCUGGGCGGCGGCGGCGCCAGGAGAGUCCGCGCCCUGGUCUCCCACUCGGAGGGUGCCAACCACACGCUGCUGCGCUUCUCGGCUGGAGACGUAGUUGAAGUGCUGGUGCCCGAGGCUCAGAACGGCUGGCUCUACGGCAAGCUGGAGGGCUCGUCCGCGAGUGGCUGGUUCCCUGAGGCCUAUGUGAAACCUUUGGAGGAGAUGCCAAUGAAUCCCAUGAACCCUGUGGCCCCCAUGAACUCCAUGGCCCCCAUGAGCCCAAUGAAUGAACUGCCUUCCAGCCACAGCCUUGAUGACCUCUUGGACCGGCCAGGCAAUCCCGCAGCAUCAUCAGACUACUGGGAUAGUCAGUCCCGAUCCCGGACCCCGAGCCGUGUCCCAAGCCGUGCCCCCAGCCCCGCACCCCCGCCCUUGCCCAACAGGCGCAGCAGUGUGGGCAGCAUGGGGGCAGCCACCGACGUCAAGAAACUUAUGUCCUGGGAACAGAACCCCCCAGAGCUCUUUCCACGGGGUACCAAUCCCUUUGCCACCGUGAAGCUGCGUCCCACUGUCACCAACGACCGCUCAGCACCCCUCAUCCGCUGAGGCGAAGCUCUCCACUGGGGCCUGAGGUGGCCCAGCACACCCACCCAGAGCUAUUCCAGCCGACAGCAGCAGCAGUGGAUCUGAGAUGCCAGGCGCCAACCCAGGGGACCAUUCUUACCCCUCUGCCCCAGCCCAGGAUCUCUCUGAGGCUUGGGCUUGCAACAUGGAGCAGGCAGAAGUGGGUGGAGGCACAAAGCAGCUGGUUGUUUCUGGGACCCAAAGACUCUUCCAGGGACCCAGCAUCUUGCCUUCCAUCUUCUUUCUGCCUGUGCCCCGAUAGGAAGCACCCCUUCUCCCACCUCUGUCCCAGCUGCACCCCUGCUUAACUUUUGUAAACGAUAAGAAUAAAGGAAGUAGGCACAGUGA